AGCUCGCGAGCUUCUCACAUCUGCCGACUUACACCCUGUCGCCUUCGGACGCCCAUCAUGUUGGCUCGCCGCUUCGGUGCUCUGGCGUCCCGUAUGGGCCGCGCUCCAGCGGCCCCGGCCGCGCCGGGAGCCAGGUUCUUCUCCGCCUACGAGGGUCAGGAGGUGACCGACGACCAGCUCAUCAAGAAGAGCGACGACUGGGCCAUUGAGGAGACCAACUUCUGCUUGGGCCGCAUCAGCUUCGUGCGCUUCAAGGAGACCGACGACCUGGCGCGCCGCACGAAGCACCUCAUGGACUGCCAGCUGUCCAAGCAGCACACGCGCAUGCGCGACGGUACAUGCAUUCCUGUCAUGGCCUUGUACCUGGAUGAUAUCAUCGACAAGCCGGGCCCUUGCCACAUCUUCACGGAGCAGCCGCUGCUCAAGUGGACCUGGGAUGAGACCUAUGACGAGGCCUAUGAGAAGCCCAAGAGUGCCAAGUGAGAAUGGGCAUCCAGCCGGGCGUUUUGAUAUGGCGAUUCAGAUUGCUUCGGCGCCUGGUAUUCAUGUUUCCGUCCAGGAACUGGGUGCUCUGCAACGAAACCUUCGUUCGUUUC